UGCAGCUCUGUUGAUUACAAGAAACAACAAACAUUUGUUUUGUUUACGAAAAGCAAAGUCUGUGUGAAAUUAGUCAUGUCUAUGAUACCUUUCUUUCCAUCGUUGAGACCACAAAUUGCUAAUCGCAUUUGGUUUGAAAUUAAUACUCCACCUAGCGAAGAUGAUGUUUUGCGUUAUGAGCGGGAUCAUGAUAAUUGGAAGGAAUCUAUAAAAAAUGCGGCAAGCGAUAUUCCGCCUCUAGGUAAAGUUUUAACCAGACCUGGACCAGAAACUGAUGACGAAGAUGCUAACGAUGAUAGCGAUGAUUCAGAUACUCACGAUGAUGAUGAUGAUACAAAUGACAGAGCUAUUCCUGGUCAGCCAGAGCAUUCUGCACUUUAUUCGCCUGGUGAUGAUGCUAACCCAAUUAAUGAAGACGUGCCAACAACAGUCGACACUUUAUAAAUCGUUAUUUCCUUCGUGGCUGUUUAGUUUUUGUAAGACAAAAUAAUAGCAUAAUUUUGCAAAUCGGAAUUAUAUUGUAUCGACCACUCAAAAUUUAAUAGAACUUAGCACUUUGUGUAAAAUCUAUUAUAGCCUUAGGCAUUACUUACCUGCCAGCCAGUUUAUAAGUUUCUUAAAAGUUCGGUGUUAUAUACCGUCCAAAUAAUUAAACAUAAAAACGAAGACAUUUGCAAAUUUUGUAUGCCGGAAUUAUUAUUUUCAUCAAUGUAUUUCU